AUGGCGACCACGCGCGACCGUGGCGCCGGCGGCGGAUCGGCGUCGAGGGUCGGCGACGGGGACGUCGACCUGGGCGAGGGCUGGGACUGGGGCGCCAUCCCGCGGCUCCUCUCCUCAGCCUGCCUCUUCCUCUGCUCCGGAGGCUGUUUUGGUUGCUGCGAUAAGACUGUAAAGCAACUGGGUGAACUGUCCAGAAACCUAAUCACCCAUGACCAAAUAACCAUUGAAGAGCCAUUUUGGAGCACAACCACCAUCGAGGUUGAACCAGCAGAUCUCAGGGGUGUUUCUCCAAUCAAUGCAUCUAACUGGGCCUUUGAUCAGCAUGGAACUGGUAGCAGUCAUAACCUUCCUGGACUUGGUAAUAAUGGACUCAUUCUGUGGGAACAGACUAGGCAGGAGUGGACUGAAAUUAGAAGUCUACGGCCGAAGGUGAAGCAGGUUCGCGAACCAGUGUUGAGUUGGAAUGCAGCAUAUGAGAGUCUGCUUGGAUCAAAUAAGCCAUUUCCUCAACCCAUUCCUCUUCAUGAGAUGGUUGAUUUCCUUGUGGACAUCUGGGAGCAGGAGGGGCUGUAUGACUAG